AUGAAGUUCCUCAACCUCGCCGCUCUCGCAACCGCUGUCGCCGCUCAAAGCGAUCUGGCCAGCAUCCUCUCAUCGCAAAAAGAUCUUUCAACCCUGGCCGAGCUCCUGGCUCUUGUCCCAGACAUCGCCGAGACUCUUGCCUCUGCCAGCAACAUCACCAUCUUUGCACCCACCAACAAGGCCUUUGACUCGGUCCCCAGAGACAUUCCCGAGGGUGAGGCCAUCGAGCAGCGCAACGAUACCAUCGCCAUCGGCGCUCUUCUGUCCAACCACGUCUUCAAGGGCUACUAUCCCGCCAAGGUGGCUAGCGAUAUUCCUGUCUUUGUCCAGUCUCUUCUCGAUUCUAGCUUUGUCAACUAUCGUCAGCCCUUUGGCAACUUCACUGGCGGUCAGUACAACGGCAUUGUGAAGGACGGUGACGAUGUUGUUGUCAUCUCUGGCGAGCAGACUCUCUCCUAUGUGACCGAAGCAGACAUCAAAGUUGGCGACUCCGUCAUCAUCCACAAGGUCGACAAGCCUCUCAGCUUUGGCCCUCCUCUCCAGCUGUUCACCCGCCGCGACAACCUGCUCAACUUCAACGCCGCCGUGAACGCCGCAGAGCUGCCCUACAACUUUGGCAACAUCGGCACCGACUCCUCCGACCUGCUCAACAUCUCCGACUUCACUGUGUUCAUCCCCAACGACCCUGCCUUUGAGAACAUCGGUUCCGUUCUUGCGGGCGCUGAUCUCAAGACCCUCCAGGAGGUCCUGAAGUACCACAUCGUCGACGAUGUUCUCUUUUCUACCAGCCUAGCCAACGUCAGCGUUCCCAGCCUUCAGGGCGCCGAUUUGACUUUUACUGUUGCUGAGGAUGGAAGUGCUUGGGUGAACGGUGCCAAGAUCCUUUUCACCAAUACUCUGCUGUUCAACGGUGUUGCCCAUAUUAUCGACACUGUCCUCAACCCCGCUGAUGCUCCCUUCGACCGUGCUGAUCUCGAGCCCGCUGCUGAUGCCACCGACCGUCUGGCCUUCCCUGAUGCCACACCCGUCUCCAAGCUCCCCUUCUCCGUCAUCAGCUACGCCACCGAGAGCGAGACCUACACCACCCCUGAGCUUCUCCGAACCAUGAAGGUCAUCGACGUCUCUGCUCUUGCUACUGCUACUGCCGAUGCAACCCCUACCGAUGAUGCUGCCGCGACACCUACAGGAGCCACUGUUGUUAACGCUGCCAGCUCCAAGACUAUUGCUGGAGGAGCUAGUUUGAUGGCUGUUCUUCUUGCCAUUAUGAUGGUUUAA